AUGGAUCAGGGUUUACACGACGAAUUGGAUCCCCACUAUAAUCAAGCAGAUGGCUUCAAUACCGCAGAUUGGGACAUGGACUGUCAACAAUUUGACCUAGAAAAUGGCGAAUUGGACACCAUGCUGGACAAACUUGUCGAUCAACUACCUCGAGUACCGGAUUCGAAUUGGGGCAAAUCAUUAGAAUUUGACGAUUCUUACAUUGACGAAUGGCUUGUUGAUAACUGCGAAUCGCCAGAAAAUAGUCACGAUAGUGGUGUUUAUCUUAAAUCUGAGCCUCUUUCGCCUUCGAAUUCUCUUGGCAGUUCAUCUUCUUAUCAGGUCUCUAAUGCAUCCGUGGCCCCAUCGCCAAAUAGUGAAUCAUCAAUAAAAAUAGAAUCACCACCAAUAACUCCACCACAAAAUCAGUAUAUUCCAAAGGAUGUCCAACAGACAGAUAUUAGUCCUAAUUCUCAUGCAAACUAUAACAAAGUACCGCUCGUAUCCUCGGUGCGAAAGAUACCUUUAGCUCAUGGUCGAAGCGGGACUUCAUUUACGUCCUUAGAGGAAGAGAUUGUUAAUAAGCCAUUGCCAGCUGUCGAUACGACUAAAUUUUCAACAGUCGAGUUGAAGGCAUAUAAAAAGUUACAAAGGAAAAUUAAGAAUCGUGAAUCUGCUUGUUUAUCGAGAAAGAAGAAGAAGGAGUAUUUACAAAGUUUGGAGACCGAGCUUAAUCAGCAAGCAGCUUUAUGUAAUCGUUUAAAAUCAGAGAAUGAGUCUCUAAAGUUAAAAAUUCAACAGUUAGAACAAGAAAACGUUGCACUCAGACAACAUCAGGAAUCUGUAGAAUCCAAUACUAAAUUUUCUUCUAACAAAUCUCAUGUUGUACUCUUUAUGGUUCUUUUGUUUGUUGGAUUUAAUGUAACCGUUCUGAAUCUUACAAGUAGUAAUACCGUUAUCGAUCAAAUACCUGGUGAUGAUAGUAUUUCAGUUUUACAUGGACGUGCUCUGCUGUCUCAUAAAGGAGAACAACCUGACAUAAUUAUUGGUAGGCCAUCACUACCACUAGAGCAUAGCAAGUCAUACAAAGAGUUUGAAUCAUCAUCCACUGGCUGUUCGCCUGUGCUAAAUAAGACCGAAACACAACGAAUUUCGCGCACGCUUUUAAAAUGGCAUCAACGACAGAAGGUAGAAUAUAAUUUCAUUCGUAAGAAUUCUGUAUUACAAGAUAAAGAGGCUUUUCAGAAGCUUGGAUCGAACGAGCUUGCUAUUAAGCCUGAUAAUGCCAUUCCUAGAAAAGAGUCUGAAGUUGAUAACAACCAGAUUGUACCAUAUUAUAGUGACGUUUUCAGCAGUGCACGCGAUUACGUCUCCAAAAUGUUCAAUCAGAGUGUCGAUACGUUUUAUGUCGUAACAUUUAAGAAAGAUUUAUAUUUAUAUCCACCUACAACUGGUAACAAGAAUCAAAAGCAACGGCUGUCUCUAAUUAUGCCAGCUUUUAAUGAAACUUACAUGACAACAAUGGUGAAAAUCGAUUGCGAGAUUUCAAAUAUGACCUUCGUCAAGUUAAAUAUACCUUCAGCUCUAGCAACUGACCGUUUUAGCUGGUUUCAAUCUGCUCCGUCAGUGUUGUAA